CGCGUCGCCACUUUGGUAUAUAUUCGGGCCCCCGCCGCCCUCCUCUCUUUCCUCUUAUCCACAUCAGCAAUACCAGAAACACAGACACAAAUCACAACGCACACCACAUUUUACACGAUGAUCGCCAUUCACGACGACCAUCAAAUCGUUCCGGACGGCCCCCCGCGUCGCGCGAACCACCAGUCGCCCCCUGCUAAGGCGCCGACUGCUCUCGCUGGCAAGGACAACCCUCUCCGCUACAUGGCCGCCAAGAAAGCCAACGCGGGGAGGAACUCCCUCAAGGAGCUAUUCAGCGAGGGCGAAGACGCAGCCGAAGGCGAGGACGAUGGGGCCAAGGCGAACAGACAUUCGACGGCGUUCCCUGGCGAAAACGACGACGCGCCGAAGGUCAACAACGGUGUCGACGUCAAGAAAGUCGAGGACUUCCUCAAGAGCAUCCUCGACGAUGUUGCUCUCAAUGGCAAGACCGCUGUUCAGCGGGAUGCGGACAUUGUUCCCGCCGACUCCCUCUCUGAUUUCGAGGACCUACCCGAGACGACCACUGGCGAUGUCCACAAGGCCGGUCCAGCCUUCGAGGACUCAGCGCCGGCGAUCGCAACGUGCGAUGCCGGCUGCUACUCUCCAAUCCUCCCGCCGCGCCGGCUCGAAAAUAUACACGAGGCCCCGACCGCUCGUGAUACCCACAGUACCAGCCAAGCCACUGAGGCCCCAGCACCGGUGAUCCCGACGUGCGAGGCCGGUUGCUACUCACCGACUUUCCCGGCAUACGAAGGGGAAGGUCUGAUCGAGGUGGGCUACCAAUGUGAGGUCCUCGAAUAUCUAGGAGACGUCGACGAGGAGAUGGAUCUCAGCACGCCCGUUCUCGACAUGGAGAUAGGAAAAGGGAUGGCGACGACGAACAGUGCAAUGGACAUCGUCCUCGACCUUGAGCAUGGCGCUCUCACUGCUCCCCUUCAAUAUGUCGCGAACUCCAGCCUUGGUGCCCGCGAUCAAGAAAUGUCAUACUCAACUCUUGACAGUCGCUUUCAGCUCGACGGGGACGAUAACGGCACUCCACGCCUCGCCUCUAGCCCGACCAUGGAUAACAUGUCAGCUUUAUUUGCUACUCUCGCCAUUCACGACCAUCUCGGCGUCGGAUCCCCAAUAGAAAUAGUCUCUAUCUGCGGUAUCAAGCAUCCGCUCUGUGGAGGGCUGCGAGGCACAGACAUCGAGAUGCCUCCGUCGAAGCGCCAGCAACUCAUCAUCCGCCUUCGUCGUUCAAGAUUCGACGCCCGCCUGGAGAAGCUGCGGCAGCAGAAGCGCAUACCCACAUUCUCUCGCGAUCCCUCGGAGCUCGCCUCACUCCUCCCUGGUCUUCCACCUGCGGCCCUCGUUAUUAAGGCAUUCGCGCUACCACCGGCUUCACCGACAGCACAAGCAUUCUCCCCAGAAGACACCUUCGUCGACACGUCUACGUCAACGCCAGCACACGUUCCAAUCACUGAGCCGCUGCCAGUCCUGCACGCCGCUCCCGAUCCCACUUCCGAACGCUUUGCGGACGUCGCCAUCGAAGCACAAUCAUCAGCACAUGCUCCAUCCCCUGCGCUGCCUUUGGUAGUUCUUCCCGUCGCUGUGCCGGUCGUCUGUUCCUCGACAACUGAUGCCUUCGCUGCCGUCCCUGAGUGUCUGCGCUACCGCGAGCCACCCAAGCGCGAGAACGGGCGCCGAUCCAGCGCACGCGACGCGCUCGCACAGGCCAAGGCGGACCGGAAAGCCCGCAAGGCCGCCACCGCCACUUCCACCGCCGAAAAGGAGAACGAGGAUCCAGCCAUCGCCGACCUCAUUCGCAUGUUCAUGUCCGAAUCUACGCCCACGGAGGAGGAUCGGACAACGGUCGACACUCGCCACCGUUCGCGUGCUGCUCCUAGACAUGCGCCGUACUCGAGACCCGAGAACAAGGAUGAGGACGAGAAGGCGGAAUCGGUGACGCCGUUGCCGUCGCCGCCAGCGUGGCUCGCCAAUAAGGUUCUUGGGAUGUUCAAGAAGUUCAGCGGGCAAUGCAUGGACGUCGACAAGAGCCGGGAGGAGGCACCGAAGGCGGACGAAGAGAGGAUGGAGGAUGAGAAUGAGGAGGACGAUGAAGAGGAGGAGAUGGAGGGCGACGAUGAGUGUGACGAGGAGGAGAUGGACGACGACGAAGAAGAAGAGGAGGAGGAGAACGAGGGGGGCGAUGAAGGUAACGACGGCACAGAGGACCACGAAGUACAGCUGGAUGAAGGCGAGGCUCCUGCCUUCUCCGAUCACGAAAGCGAUUCCGAAUCCGACGCUGCCGCCCGCUAGAAGAUCUAUAACGACGAAGAAAAUCUAACGACACCAAACGGCGAAGAAAACCGGACGAAAAUUAGUAAUGAACAUAUACCCUGCAUCAUAUACCCCACAGCACCACACGAUUGCCAUCGACCACUAUCACUUGCAUACUCGGAUACCUCCAUCACGACUAUACCCCAACCGGACGACAUUCUUUCAGAUUUUCAACGCUGCAUAUAGACUCAACCAUCACUGCACUACUGCAUCACGACACGAUAUCCUCUCGACUUCCAUUCCUUUGCAUGCCCUAUCUUGUACCACCACUGCGCCCCGGACGCCGACGAGACACCCUCCGCCACUGCAUAUAUCAUCAUUGUACUCUAGGAUCUCAUCCCGAUACCCACCGGAUACCCCCUCUGUCUACGCUCCUUUGCUCCACGCAUAUACCUGC